AUGCUGGUCCCGUCGUUUCAGCCUUGCAUUUUUUUGCAAUCCAUCAAUAAUCCGACGUCUGAUCAGAUUUGCUGGAUGUCAUCAACGUGCUUGUUAAUACACAGUCUCAUUGCUUGUGCUUUACUCUCCAAUUCAGCACUUGCGCAUGAUCAGCAGUGCGUCAUUGACCAGAAAGGAGACCACGGUUCCUGCAAUAGCGGAAGUGCUGAUUUACAAUCUCAAUAUGAUAGAUUGAUGAACUUGCCUGCACAUUUGCAGCCAGCGGCUCUCAAGUCGGGUACAGCACCCUGGAAUGAGGAGCAAGAAGUAUGGUUAUGCCCGGAUCAUCGUAGCCCAAGUGACCGCCGUCGAAUCGACUAUUAUACUGGAAUGGACUGUGAGGAAAUGGAAGUGUUAUUCUCUCUGUAUCGAGCAGAUGAGAUGCCCACUCAAUACGCAUUUGGUUUUGACUAUCAAUCAUGGUGCAAAUGUCCUGGUGUCACUGCGAAACCAGAGCAGAGCUGCGAGCUCUGUCCGGGCGACGAUGGAGGCAUCGAGAAAGAGAACGACGACACCAGGCUUAAUGCUAUAUUCCUGGUCUCUCGUGGAGGAAAAAGCAUUGUCAUGUCAUGCAGUCAAGCAAUGGAAUAUGCAUUUUAUAUUACCAAUGAAGAUAGGUGUAUGGAUGAUUUGAAGGAGGCACGAACAUUUUGCUGCGAUCCCUUAGCUUCCACAAAAAGCGAGGAGGAGUCAUCUCAAGUCUUUUCAUUGCGAGAUUUCCAGAUAACCAUCCUAUUCAUCCUCAGCGGAGCUGCACUAGCCCAUAUUAUCGUUUUUGUCGCGAUGUUCAUCAUGGCAAAAAUCGACAAGCACUGGUAUUCUUGGGAAGACCUGUGA